AUGUCUGCAAGACGAGCAGCAGAACAAGCGAAACGAUAUGCGAUGCUGUGUUUUCUUCUUCUUCCCUAUCUGCCGUUUCUAUUUUUCGCACCUCCCUCCACUCGUCUGUCUUUCAGACCCAUUUUCUCGAAACACAAGAUCUGCGGCAGGCCUCCCCAGCUCACCCGUUCCAACUGCUGCUGUUUCCUAUCCCAGAGUCUACAGCUCAACGGCCCGCAAGGAUGUCCGUAUCUCUCCGUAGCCCGUGUCUCUGUCGCCUUGUCUGGGACGGAAAGUUAG